CGUCAAGGCCCAGCUGAGUAUACAAGUAGCUUUGCUUUUUCCAUUAGAAAAUGAAAUAAAUUUUAACUCUUGAUAGUGUGUUUAUAAAUUAAAAGUAAUUUGUCUUCGUAUUUCAUAAGCAAAAUUUUAAGUGUGCCAAAAGUUUAAAAACAUUGGAAAAAAAUAUUGAAAACUAAAUAACAACAAAGCUUUAGCGAAGCGAACAGCUAAACAAAGCGAGCAACGCGUCAUUUCUUUAGUUUAUGGAAAGCGGCUUCCUUUCGACACAGCCAAAGCUCGAGGAUCAGCAUACUGAGCCAGUUGAAGGGGAAUACUUCAGUAGCAUUGCGAUCGAUCAUCGCACGCCACAGAAUAGUCGACAACGUUUGAUCCCGCUGACCCAACAAGUGGUUGACGCAAUGAUGGAUUUUAACGGCUCCCAAUCGAGCACUAGUGUCUCGGAAAAGAAUUUCUACAAUACAUUCUCGAUAACUUGUUUAGUGCGCGAAGAGGUGCAGAAUAUUUUGCAAGAACUAUGCGUUACGGACCAGUUCAUACGCAAAGAAGAGAUCGAUGCGCUCAUUGAACGCUGCUUGCGCGAAAAAGUGCAAAUCGAGAGUAAAAGUCCGACGAUCAGUGCAGAAUCUUUGGCGGAGGAAAAUCAAGAGCUUGAAGUGACCGUUGAGAUGUUAAAUGAGACAGACAAGAAUAAGUUGAUUGUCGAGAAUUUUCAAAUACUGGAACAGCGUAUUACCAAUUUGGAGGAACGCAUUUCCACGGUAUUGCAGACUGUGCCCAAAUUACGACACUUGCAAGCGAAAAAAUUCAAAAUCAAUACAGAAGUGAUACGUGAGGAGUUGCGCAAUGUCAUGCAACGGAUGGUUAUUGAUGAUGCUACAAAGCCAGUAAUGAACGACGAUGCGCGGACAACAUCGGAGAGCGAUGCGAAAGAAAACAGCACUUUAGCAACGGUAAAUGAAGUUGGAACAGAACAGACGCUGUCGGAAAAUAAUGUCAAUCCUUACGACGAUAUGUACUAUGCGGAACGCCAAAAUGCUAUGAAUAUAUUGAAUUAUAAAAAAUCAAAAGCCACUAUGGAACUCAAUAAAAGACCAUAUGUAAGUCCACACAUAAAACCGAUCGUACGCGACUUGGAGCAUAUUAAAUUUAAACCCAAACAAAAGGCGGCAUUUAUCACAGAGUAGAAACGCAAUGUAUGUGCAGAUUCUUCACGCAUCGGAGGCGCAUUUCAUAAAUGAAACAAAAUAAAUUACAAUUAUAUUAAAAACAAAACUUAGUUUAUUACCAAACAGUAAUGUGGAAAGCGAAAUAUAAAAAAUGCAAACCGCAAAACAUUUAAAUGAAAGGUGUCUGUGCAUGUUUUAUAACUAUUUAUGUAUAUGUAUGAAUGUGUGUGUAUAUAAAGUAGUUUGUGUGUGAGUAUUUGUCUACAUUGUAACAUCCUUUAGUACGGUAUCGCUUAUAUCGAAUAAAUUAUCAUCAUCGGCAA